CUAUCUGUUAGUUCACCUGUAUAAACUGAUAAAGGAAAAUAAUUAUCAGUGAACAUUACUGAAUAGUAUAAAAGGCAAGUAACUACGAAAAACGAAAUAGAUCAUGAAACGCGACACGAAAUAAAAGAACAUCUACCAUGCUGAGGAUCGUGAUACUUUUAAUUCAUAUUUUAUUAAUCGUUGCCAGACCAACUGAAAAUGAUGUAGAAAAUGACAACACGACUGAUAUAGAAUUUUUACGCAAUAAUUGCGUUCUAUCCACGAAAUACAAGUAUGGCGAUCUUAAAGAACCACAGCCAUUGAUUCUAACUCGAAAUGGUACUGCAUCGGCGAUACUUUAUCCCAACGUUAACGGUACAUUAAAUGUGCGAGCAGGUCAGUCGAUUUAUUUGGCAUGUCCGGGAGAACGGAAUUUUAUAAAAAACACGGAUUACGCCCAGGAAGUGAAAGCUACCUGCGUAAGGAAUAAAAUAUUUCACGUUAACGGUGAAAAUCGAAAUUUUUCAUCAUUGAUAUGUUAUCAUUUGCCUGAGCACAUUGCAAGACGUACAAAAUUGUCGUGCUAUAACAAGAAUACUCACGUCGAAAUCGGUUUCAAUCUGAGUACCAAUUUUCUGCGCGUGAUAGAACUAUGUCGCAAUGAAAAAACCUAUAAUACAUACUACACAAAAUUUAGACUGAUAAAAUCGAUUGGAGGAUACCAGAAAAGUUAUCCUAGGCCGUCAAAAUGGAUGGUUGGAGAUUAUUUCGGAAAGAUAGAUAUUAACUGGCAAUACAACUUCAACGAGCAGCUUAUCACACUUGCAAAACUUUUGAAUUCGAGUGAAAUAGCGAAGUCCCAUCUAACGAAAUCAAAACAGUUUUUAUCCCGUGGACAUAUGACGGCAAAGGCCGAUUUCAUUUAUGGUGCUUUACAAUCGCUUACUUUUUGGUACAUAAACGCGGCUCCUCAAUGGAUGUCCUUCAAUGCUGGCAACUGGGAAAUUCUUGAGAGCAAUGUCAGGAACUUUGCUACUGAUCGUUCUUUGGAUCUAGAUGUUUACACGGGUGUGCACGGUCAAAUGACCUUGCCCAAUGCUCGUGGCAAACAGGAAAAUAUAUAUCUCUACGUCAAUGGUACGACUAAAGCCGUUCCUGUUCCCAAAUUCUAUUGGAAAAUAAUCUACGAUCCACGAAGCCAGAAGGGUACCGCGUUUGUUGGUUUGAAUGAUCCCUUUAUCAAGUCGAUCACGGAAGAUAUCUACAUAUGCUCGGAUAUCAGUUCCACGAUCGAAUGGCUUGACUGGAGACCAAACGAUAUCAAAGCUGGUAUCUCUUAUGCGUGUACCAUCGAUGAUCUACGUGAAGCAGUACCAACCAUACCUAAAUUUAAAACCGUUGGUCUUCUAACGUAAAAAUCGAUAAGAAUAAUUUCGAAAAUAUUUGAAUACUUCGCAAAA